ACAGCACCCACUUGACAGUUUGUGUUUUUUCUGUUAAUGCAGUGAGGCAGAGUCGUUCCAGUUCCAAGUCACAAUGAGCUGGAGCUUCUUAACUAGCCUCUUAGAAGAAAUUCACAACCAUUCGACAUGUGUGGGAAAAAUUUGGCUCAUGGUCCUUGUGGUUUUUCGGAUCGUUCUCACUGCCGUGGGUGGCGAGUCCAUCUACUCUGACGAACAGAGCAGCUUUGUGUGUAACACACUCCAGCUGGGCUGCAAGAAUGCAUGCUUUAAUGCCUUUUUGCCACUCUCACACGUCCACUUCUGGGUAUUUCGGAUCAUUUUGGUCUCCACCCCUUCUCUGUUGUACCACGGCUAUGCAAUGAACAAGAUUGCCCGGUUGGAAGAAGGCAAAGAGGGCACUUCAGUGAAAUUUUCCAAGAGUAGAAAGUUUCCCCUGGGCAGACGUCAGACUCGAGAUCAGGAGGUUGCUGAGGAAGAUCAAGAGGAAGCUUCGGUGAUUUACGAGAUGACCACAAUGGAAAGUCUAAGUGAUAGCGUAGCUCCGGAUGCAACAAGAAGUGGUAUGAAAACACGACAUGAUGGUCGACAGAAUCCAGCGAGAUACACUCAUAUUAGUCUAUGUCCUCCAUCUGCUAACUCGUUGUUCAAAUGA